UGGCUUUUGUACUGACAGCUGUCUUGGUAUGACACGUAGAUUUUUGCUAUUUUAGAGCAAUAUUUUCGUUGAUGAACACUUGAGUUUCUUUUUAAUACGUAGAUUUGGUAUAUUCAAAGGCGUUUCUUCAAUGGAGUCCUUAUAUACCAACACAAACAAACUUAUUCAGGAGGUACAAAGUGAUCUUGGGAAAUUGGCCAGGUUUACAGAUAAAGAUGGGGUUCAUCUUUUUGAGAAUGAAAUUCAAGCAAAAAUUGACAUCAUUGUUAGUAACUGUGAGCGACUUACCAUUCUAGUCAACAAAGAACCUCCCACAAGGAGAGCCAAUGCCAAACUGAGAGCCGACCAGCUGAAGUAUGACUGUCAACACAUCCAGUCUGGACUUCGGCAACUACAACAGAAAAGGCAUAUGUUGGAGCAACAAGAACUAGAUAGAGAGGAGUUGAUGUCAAGGACCUUUACGGCUAAUGAUCAAGACACCUCAAUUGAAAUAGACCAUGCUGUUCAGCAUCAUGACAGACUAGCGUUUUCUAACAGGGAAGUGGACAACAUGAUUUCAUCAGGCCAUGGAGUUCUUGAAAACUUGAGGUCUCAACGCUUAACACUGAAAGGGGCACAAAGAAAAAUUCUGGAUUUAGCCAACACACUCGGACUAUCGAAUACAGUCAUGAGACUUAUUGAGAGGAGAACAUACCAGGAUAAAUUCAUAUUAUAUGGUGGAAUGAUUUUGACUUUGAUUAUUAUGUUUCUCAUUUGGAAAUAUUUUUCAUGAUUAAAAUGGUUAAUUUCUUA